UGUCUUUACGUAGUUUUAGACGUCUUUCACUGAAAAAGACACCGCGGGUUAGAUGUUUGCAAGCUAGGACAAGUCUCGUGUGUUAACUGAGUUGUCAGUUACUAUUAGCUAAAACACACAACUCUGCUAUCUUUAUCAAGUAGCUGCUUUUGACUUAGAUAUGGAAAGAUAAGUUACAUGCUCGAAUCCACGUGCACUUGGAAAGUGUUGUAACGUCGAACACUGACGCAACGUCCGGGUACUUCAUGGUGCUGGUCAGGGCUGCUGCGCUUCACAAUGUUGGGAAGGUUGUUUUGUGGCAGUCUUUGUGUAACCUGUCAAAACCUGAAGUGUGUAGAAUGCCCUGUGAAGUAAAGCCUCGGUUUGUGGUUCUGUAUGGGUCUCAGAAGGGCCAAGCCCAGUCCAUAGCAGAAGGGAUAGCUGAGGAGGCUGAGGGACAUGGACUGAUAGCUGAACUCAGCUGCUUGAACCAGAAUGAGAAGUACAAUUUGGAGAAGGAGAAUGCCCCAGUGGUCUUUAUUGUGUCUACUACUGGAGAUGGGGAACCACCAGACAAUGCCCUCCAAUUUGUAAAGCGCAUCAAGAAGAAGACCCUCCCCAAUGACCACUAUAAACACCUUUGCUAUGCACUUUUAGCUUUAGGAGACACAAAUUAUGCAAAUUUCUGCAACUGUGGGAAGACAAUUGAGCGUCAUCUACAGGAACUCGGAGCCAAACAAUUCUAUGCGACAGGAUAUGCAGAUGAUGGUGUAGGGCUGGAGGUGGUUGUGGACCCCUGGCUUGAAGGACUGUGGAAAGCAAUCAAAGCAGCCUUAUCAAAAAUGGCUUCUGACAGGACUGCUCCCUCGAAAGGGGGUGUGGGGGAUUCACCAAAGGAAACUCCUGAUUCAUACACACCAGAUGUCCAGCUUAACCUCCUAAGCCUUGGUGACCACCAGAACUGCGAGUCAAUCAAAACAUCUGUAAACACGGACUCCAAAUAUGCAUCUGCUGCUUCAUCUUCAGCUUCUGCUACACAGACUGCUGUUUCUGAACUCAGGCCAGCUUCUCCUGCAGGGAGCCUUGGUUUGGCAUCCCAGUCUCGUGGCACUGCCAGCAUUUCUACAUCAGCACCGGAGACACAGACACAGGAUGCUGGAUUUCCCCAUCUUACGUUGGCAGGCUCACUGACAUGCUCCCUGCCCCCACUGUCAGAGUCUUCUCUUAAUGUUCCUGCUCUGCCUCCUCCCUACCUGGAUGUCUCUCUUCAGGAUGUGGGCACUAUGAAACAGAUCGUUGGACAGUUUAACAAAGAAACUGUUCAUGAGGUUCCCAUCAACAGGGCACUUCAGCUUACUAGUGGAGACUCAGUGAAGACAGCCCUUCUCUUAGAGUUGGACAUCUCUGCUUACCCGACAAUGGCCUAUCAACCAGGGGAUUCGUUUGAUGUGUUCUGCCCAAACAAGGCCACCGAGGUGGAUGGCAUGCUCCACAGACUGGGCCUUCAGGACCAGAGGAACGAUCAUGUCCAUGUUUCUCUAAAAAAGGACAAUAAGAAAAAAGGUGCCCAGGUGCCAUCCUACAUCCCCCAGAACAUUUCUCUGCUGUACUUGCUCACUUGGUGUCUAGAGAUCAGAAGUGUUCCUAAGAAGGCGUUUCUGCGAGCCUUGGUGGAGCAUACAGGGGACAGUGUGCAGAGGAGGAGACUGCAGGAGCUCUGCAGUAAACAAGGCGGUGCAGAUUACAACCAGUAUGUGAGAGACCCGAGCCUCAGCGUUCUGGAGCUUCUCACAGCCUUCCCAUCCUGCCAGCCUCCUCUCAGCCUCCUCAUAGAGCAUUUGCCGAAACUGCAGCCCAGGCCUUAUUCAGCAGCCAGCUCCUGUCUUAAGCACCCAGGAAAGGUGCAUUUUGUCUUCAACGUGGUAGAGUUCCCAGCAUGCUCUGGGCGGCCUGCGGGGAGGCGAGGCUUGUGUACCGGUUGGCUGUUUGACCUCAUCAAUCCUGGCCUGGUUUUCCCUGGGAAGGCUGAAUGCUCUGGCAGCCUCACUCUGCCGAAGAUCCAUGUGAGUUUGAGACCAAACUGCUCCUUUCGGCCUCCUUCUGAUCUGUCGGUGCCUUUUAUAAUGGUCGGACCGGGCACAGGAGUUGCCCCCUUCAUUGGCUUCCUCCAGCAAAGAGAGAACGAGAGGCAGGAAAAUCCAGAUGCUGUGUUUGGCGAGACCUGGUUGUUCUUUGGUUGUCGCCACAGAGACAGGGACUACCUUUUCAGAGAGGAGCUGGAGGGCUUUGUGUGCAGCGGUACCCUGAGCCACCUCAAGGUGUGUUUCUCCAGAGAUGACCAGGAGCAGGAGGAGGGGAAGGAGGUUGCCACCUCAGUGUCUCAACCCAGAUACGUCCAGCACAACCUGCUGCUUAACAGCCAACAUGUCACUGAAAUCCUGCUCAAACAGAACGGUUACCUCUAUGUCUGUGGGGAUGCUAAGAACAUGGCUAAAGAUGUGAAUGACACCCUGAUAGAGAUGAUCAAAACAGAGCUUCAGGUGGACCAACUGGAGGCCAUGAAGACACUGGCAGGGCUGAGAGAGCAGAAACGAUACUUACAGGACAUCUGGGGCUGACAGUGGAUGACCCGAUAAGGGCAUUUUGCAGCAUCUGCAGAGCUUUUUUACAACUUAAGAAAAAAAAAAAAAAAGAGCAUGCUCAGCUGUAACCUCAAGAACCAUAAAAUUGUGGAUGCUGAAGCCCAGAGGUAUUUUACACUACCCAAGGCUACCAAGAUGGAAUGUACCAUGGUAGCCCGAGGAUAUCGGUUCACUACACGAUCUUGGGCUUUUGCUGUUUGAACAGAAAUGACCUUGGUCAGGGCAAUAGUGCUGGAGAUUGGUCCAGCAGCGUGAAAACGUGUGUUUUAGUGUAGAAAAGCCUCCCCCAUUCGUCCUGUCUGGGGAAAAGGCAUUUACUUCCGUCGGCUGUGAUGGAGUGAUUUUGAUGAGACUGAGAGCGGGAUAUGGCUCCAGCCUGGAUGGAAACAACACAGCAAUCUGUAGUUCUUAAACAACACACCCACAGUAAAUUGUUUAUUGUCAUUCAGGGACCAAAGUGAGUUUUAUUUCUGGAAUGUGCCAAACCAGCUCACUGCCAGCUAAAAUGCACCAUGGUUUACCUCUAAAGUGAUAAAAACUAAUCUCAAUUCCAAAACAAGUUAGUUUGAUUGGUUUGCUUGUAUAUUAUGUAGUAUCAUCAUAUUUUCAUUCUAAAUACUGUGGAUACUGCUCCCUUUUUAUUCUAUUUUGGACAUCAUGAAGACAGGUUUCAAUGUAUGAGAUCUUAAAAAAUGGCUAAGUGACAGUUUUAUAAAUGACGUCCAUGGAGAUGAGGACAUUUUCAGUAAUUUAUCAUUAUACUGUGUUAAAUUCUAAGCACACAGGGCAUGAAUCUCAAUGAUAAUGCUAAACUCUUACCAGAGCAAUUUAUCUAACUAACUUUGUUUGUGUCUAUCUGCCCCCACAUACCCAGCAGACUGCUGGUUUGGAGACAGUGAACUCCAACUCUUCUAAGUCCCGCAAAACCCGACUAGAAUCUCCCGAACUGUGGUUAAAACACACACAACUGUGCCUUGUGUGAUCAGGAAUUAAAAUACAUUUCAGUGUAAA